AUACUUUGUUUAACACUGGUUAAAAAAGACUUGAGAUCAGAGUGUUGUGAGUCACGACCAUGGUCACGGAACAUAUUAAACUCGAAGGAUAAGUCAAAGAAGGUGUCGCCAAACUUGCCAUCUGAUGUUUCUGUGCGCGGUCUGAAGCCGUCCUUCCUCGGAGCCGCUCAACUCCUCCUCUUCCUCCCUGACGAGAAGCGCUGUCAGCUGCAGUCAAGUCAUCUGAAAACAAGAAAAAGACGUCAGACGAGAUGCUGUUUGGCUGCCGGAUGGUCGAGCAGCAGCCGCUGCUGUUGCCCAUGCUGCCGAUGUUGUUGUUGCUGCUGCUGCCAGCGGCUUGUCUGGCUCAGAGUGGAGAUGGAGACACUGACCUGGAGUCGAGAAUCAGCUGCACCUCUCACAUCACCACAGUCGAAAGCAGUUUAACCUGCAAACUAACUGGCAGCAGGAGCGAGGACGACGAAGAUCAGGCUGAAGGCGUGGAGUCCAUGACUGUGUGUUUCACCAACGUGCUGGAGAACAAAUUAAAAUGCCUGACAUCACCGGGAGAUUCGAUCACCUCUGCUGAACUGAAUGCCCUGGCCAGUCUCAACCUGACCAUCCGCCUGAAGCGGGGCGCCACCAUCAACAAAACAGUCAAACUGAAUAAAAUCAUUAAACCUCGAAGUCCUGAGGUGUGGAACGUAACCGUGAAACACGAGUCAAAUCAAGCAGUGUUUCACAUUCGGACUCCUUACCUGAAGGACUACCUGAAAGUUGAAAAUCAGCUUUUUCAGCUGGUCAUUUGGACCGCCGACAAGAAUAUGAUUCAAAAUGUGUCGGCAUCGGAUACGAUGGCCAUCGACAUGGAACACCUCCAGAUAAACCUGAAAUAUCACGUGAAAGUGCGAGCAAUACCCUUGGUUUCUCUGAGGGGCAGCUGGAGUGAAUGGAGCAACGCGUUGACUUUCUCCAUUCCCGAUGGCCGGACGCAAAGUCACGAGAGGGAGAAAGUGACGACGAAGCUGAUUGCGUGUUUCCUCUCCUUGGUGGUGCUGACUUCCACCUUGGGUUACGUCUGGAAAAAAAAAGUAUUCUCUUACAUGUGGCCCAGCAUUCCGCAUCCUAAACCCACCGUGGUGCACGGCUGCAAACCCAAUCAAGUUGCCUUUCUACUCACCAUCAAACCAGAGGAAGUCAGUACACUUAAAAUCUACCCGGUGAUGGAAAGAGUUGAGCAGGAAAGAGUCCUGGCUAUCCAUUGUGCAGCCAAUGAUCUUACAGUGGCCAGUUACCCCGCUUCCACGCAAAACUCCGAUUGCAGCACCGGCACGGAAGAACUGGAGCUUUCCAUCUCGCGCAACAGCAGCUGCUACGAUGGAGAUGACAGCCUUCAGAGCACCAAUUCGCCUCUUGUUGAGACUGCUGCACCAAAUCCAGGAGACUCCAUAUCUCCUGCGUUAGGAGCCCAUCCAAAGGAGGAGGAUUACGUCACAAUGUCCAGUUUCUACCAGGUCAAGUAGGAUGAAAUGGAGGAGCUACAAUCUGACAAAUCUCCAAGUGGAAACCGUCUUCAAGUAAGACAGAAAGGAAGCUGGUGCCAAGGGGAGGCGAUCUUUGGUGGUGCAUCAGCGCAUAAAGAUUAACAGACGUUUUUGCCACCAGUAUCAGCUUGACAUUUGUCACAAGUCAUUCCGCAGCUAUGGCACCAAAUCGCCAAAAGAAGAAAUGGGAGGAAAAGAAGAAGAAGAAGGAAUUCUGACAACUAAUAUGUGAUGCAUCGCUAGUUUAGUUAGCAUGCGGCAUCCGUCACAAGGAUGUACUAUUCACGACAGCAAAAGGUACAAUCACCGACCAGGAUUCUAUCUUUGGCCCGGGAUUAUGGUUAAGGUAAUUCAUUUCAAGAUAACAUUAUAAUAUGAAUAUUUAGCAAAUCUUAGCUCAGUAUAAGGUGCAGGACCAGCAAAACAUUG